UGUACAUGGCGGCCACCUCCCAGGCUGCACCGGGACACGUGCAUUACGUGUCUUCAUAUGUAGCUGAGAUGAAGGCCACGAUGUCAUCUACGACAGUAACAUCUGAAAGUACGACAGAAGAUAUUACGAAUCCAGCGGCAGCACCUAUCAGUUCAACAGACGACGAUGAGGCUACAACAGAACUCACCUCCACAGUGAAUGUGAUCACAACUGAAGCCACAACAGCAACUACUACAACACCUCCGGAAACGACAGCAUUGGUCACAACAGCAUCAACUACAACAACAGAGGCAACGGCCAAUGUGUUAAGCGAUGGAUUUAUCAGCGUCCCAAGCAUCCAUUUGACCUUCCGAGCUAGCAGUACCGGGUCAAGUUGGUCCAGCGCACGAACGAUUUGUGGGGAGAACAGCGGUCAUCUGAUUUACCUGAACACUGCUGCCAAACAGACCUACAUCAUUGACCACCUGAGCAAUACAGGUAUUUCUGCUGAGUUCUAUAUCGGGGCUUUCUUGCAUAAUGGCGUAACCCCGAUGUGGAUGGAUGGAACAACGAUCGUGAACCCACCGUGGGCGCCUAAUGAACCUCACAACAACGCCAAGUGUAUCUCGAUGAUCAUCCCAUCCGGCGAGUGGAAGGAUGAUGACUGUACUGUGCUCAAGCAAUACAUCUGCGAGAAAUAGUAGUCUAGGCCCAGACCCGUUGCAGACAACUGAAACUUGAAAACAGAAGUUUGAGUCUUCAUUCGAGAAAUGCAUGUGCUGUGUACUACUUUAAAAUAAAAUGCAAUACAAUGGAAUAUGCAAAAAUAUUAUGGAAUACUUGGAAAACAACGGAAUGCAACUGAAUACCCAGGAAUACAGUGAAAUAAACGGUCAUACAAUAGAAUACACAGGAUUACACAAAACUACAGAAGAAACAGGCAGGAGUUUACAAGAAUAAUAUUCAUGAGAGUUUCCAGCCUUUGAGUUUCUACCUCGAUGACUGAGUGUUUAAUUAUUACUGUGACUCUGUGUACUCAUCCACUGCUGGAGGAUGACAGGAUAUUGUGGCCGUUAGCUUAUAUUAUAUAUUCCCUAAGGGGUGAAAAUGAAAAUCGAAUGCCCACUCUU